AUGAGAAUAGAAAAGUGUUGGUAUUGUUCAGGCAAUAUAUAUCCAGGGCAUGGUAUAUUUUUUAUAAGAAAUGAUUGUAAUGUUUUUAAAUUUUGCAGAAGUAAAUGUCACAAACAUUUUAAAGCCAAACAUAAUCCUAGAAAAGUAAAAUGGACAAAAAUAUAUAGAAAAGAAAGAAAUAAAGAAUUAAAUUAUGAUAGAACAUUUGAAUUUGAAAAGAUUAGAAAUGAACCUAUUAAAUAUGAUAGAGAUAUGUAUAUAAAAACUAUUAAUGCAAUAAAAAAAAUUGAUGAAAUUAAAGAGAAAAGAAAAACGAGAUUUUAUAAAAAUCGUAUUUUAGAAACAGCUGAUAAAAAUAUUAACUUAUCAAUAAAUUAUAUUAAAAAGAAUCCAUUACUUCUAAAAAAUACAGAAUAUGAAAAUGUUCUACAAGAAUUAAAAUUAAAUAAAAACGAUCGUGAUGAUACAUUGAUCAUAAAAAAUGCUUUUGAAGAUGAUCAUAUUAUAUUUACUCACAAUAAGGAGGAUAUCAAAUAUAAAGCAGAUAUAACAACCAUCUCAGAAAAGGAGAAAUUUAAAGUUCAGAAGAAUAACAAGAAUCUCAUACUGGAAUGA